CUCCAAGAGCAGAGCACUACAAAUAUCAAAUAGUAUAGUACGCUUCAGAGAGCUUUUAAGGGAAGAUAAGUAGUUACUGCUACAAGGAUGUAUUGUCUCUAGAAAGGGGUUUGCUGCCUGAGAAGGAUAUUCAAAGGAUAUCAAGAUAUAUCCUGUGCAAAAGGACAGGACGGACUUGCAAAUACUCUAGAGAGGAACAUGAAGAAGCGCUGUGUGGUGGCCGGAGUCCUGACUGCAGUCCUGCUGGGGCUCAUCUUGUUCCUGGGACUUUUCUUCGGGCUGCGCUCUGACUCAGGGGACACGCACACUUAUAAGAGGGCAGCUGUGGCUACAGACGCGGGGCAGUGCUCAAUAAUUGGAAGGGACAUCCUUCAGAAAGGUGGAUCAGCAGUGGAUGCUGCGAUUGCAGCUCUGCUUUGUGUAGGACUCAUGAAUGCUCACAGUAUGGGCAUUGGAGGGGGCCUCUUCUUUACCAUCUACAGCAGCACAGGAAAAGUGGAAAUCAUUAAUGCAAGAGAGGUGGCUCCAAAAAAAGCAUCGGAGGACAUGUUUGGGAACAACACACAGCUCUCUCUGAAAGGAGGACUGUCCAUUGCUGUUCCAGGAGAAAUCCGUGGGUAUGAACUGGCUCACAAACGUCAUGGCAAACUGGCAUGGAAAGACCUGUUUCUGCCCAGCAUUAAGUUGGCAAGAGAAGGAUUCCCUAUUGGGAAAGGCCUUGCAGCAGCCAUCAAAUCAAAAGAGGAAUCAAUUGAAAGCAAUCCCUCACUGUGCGAAGUGUUCUGCAGAGGAGGGAAAAUUCUGCAUGAGGGCGAUAUCAUCAAGAUGCCUAAACUAGCCAACACAUACGAGACUAUAGCCAGUGAAGGAGCAGAUGCCUUUUACACAGGAAGCCUGGCAAAACAGAUCAUCGAUGACAUCCGCAGUGUAGGGGGUAUUGUCACAUUGGAUGACCUGCGGGACUACAAUGCGACAGUGAUUGAAGACCCCAUAGAGAUCACACUUGGGGAGUUUACUCUCUACACGCCUAGUGCCCCCCUAAGUGGCCCCGUACUAGCCCUCAUUUUCAACAUACUGAAAGGAUAUAAUUUCUCUGCUGACAGCAUCAAAACCAUGGAGGAGAAAGGUCUGACUUACCACCGCAUUGUGGAGGCCUUUCGCUUUGCCUACGCCAAGAGGACUUUACUGGGAGACCCAAAAUUUGUCAACAUUACAGAGGCGAUCAGAAACAUGACGUCCGAGUUCUUUGCGGAUAGUCUCCGGAGGAAAAUCACAGACAACACUUCGCAUCCAGUUGACUACUAUGAGCCAGUAUAUUACACUGGAGAUAAUGCCGGUACAUCCCACCUCUCCAUUGUGGCUGAUGAUGGCAGUGCUGUGUCCGCCACCAGCACCAUCAACCAAUACUUUGGCUCUGAUGUACGAUCCAACGUGAGUGGAAUCAUAUUUAAUGAUGAGAUGGAUGACUUCAGCUCACCUUACAUAAUCAAUGGAUUUGGGAUCCCUCCUUCUCCAGCAAAUUUCAUAGCACCAGGUAAACAGCCGAUGUCCUCUAUGUGCCCCUCCAUCUUGGUGGAUAAAACGAAAAAGGUCAGGAUGGUGGUUGGUGCUUCUGGAGGAACAAAAAUAACUACAGCAACAGCGCUGACGAUCAUCAAUUCCAUCUGGUUUGGUUAUGAUGUGAAGAAAGCAGUGGAAGAACCCAGAAUUCAUGAUCAGCUGUUUCCCAAUAUCACAGAGCUUGAGCAGCAAAUAGAGGAGGGUAUAGAAGAACAACUAAAGAAGAGAAAACACGAUACCACACGGGUGAGCGGCGGUGCGGUCGUGCAGGCCAUUCUCAGAACAGAUGAAGGAUGGGCUGCAGCUUCUGAUUCCCGGAAAGGUGGCUUCCCUGCAGGCUACUGAUGUGGCUCAGCUCCUUUUUUCAGUGGUCUAGUGACACUGAGAGCUGGGACAGUUCUCUACAGCCAUGACCGAAAUGCCUCAUGCUACAGCAGCCUGCUAAGACAGGCAUGUCUACCAGGAUGUGCAGUACUUACUUGAAGAGUCUGUUCUGCCUUGAAGAGUUUGUUCCCUGCCUCCUCUCCAUCCCAUGAAGACAGAUUGGGUACCCAGAGUUCCUGAAGAAGGUCCAGCUCACUCAAGCUGCAGGAAGUGUUUCCCUUGCACAGCGUCAGCUACCGGCAAUGUCCCUGUCACUGCUAGAGAAGAGAUGUGUUGCCUGUUGAGUAGAUGGGAGUUACAGGACUCUGGGGACUGGGUUUUCUGAGUUACAAACUAAUAGAUCUGUGCCAUAGCAGGAAGCCCAGCUCUAGACUGGGAUAAGCCUUCACAAACUCACCGCUCUUUCUUUUAACAAGAGAUGUUUCUGCUUUUCACUUCAGUUGAUUAUUGGAGAUGAGUGGGUAAAUGGGGAAAUGGCUUCAAACGUUUUUAUAUUUCUGUUGAGAAGGUCUAAAGGGAAGAUGCUACCUGUAAAACUCUGAGCACAACUAAAAUAAAUAAAUACGGAGUCACACAUUUUUCUUGCCUGCACAGUUGCUACUGCAAAAAGGAAUGGUGAGAGUCUGCAUGAAAGAAGCUCUCCUGAGAUUUUUCUC